UCAACUCAACUGUCAGUUUCGCUCGCUAAAUGUGAAAUGUGUAAACUGUAAAACAUUUUAUUGUGGAAAACAUUUAUCGCACUAUUUUCGCAUUAUUAUUUUUGUGUUAAUUUUUGUUAACUAGCACAUUUAUGUAGCAUUACGUGUUGAACUCUAGUACUGAUUGGAUCACAUUUUUCUCAAAAUAACGUAGUCGCUAUGGACCUAGAAGACAAUGCAUUGGGCUUGACCCAAGAACAAACUGAUAAAAUGCUGCAGUUCCAAGAUUUAACGGGGAUCGAAGAUAUGUCAAUAUGCAGAGAUGUUCUGCAGAGACACCAAUGGGAUUUGGAGGUUGCUAUACAGGAACAGCUCAAUAUAAGGGAAGGCAGACCUUCAGUAUUUGCUACAGAGGCUAGAGCCCCUCCGGUCGUCCAUGACCACAUAGCACAGCAAGUCUUCACAGACGAGGCACCUGAGAGUCCAGGGGGAGUACGGGGACUCCUGCGCUAUGUUGUCAACUUAGUUGUAUCUGUAUGUUAUAGUACAAUAUCAUCUGUAAUAAACUUGCUCUUAAGUUUUGUCAGAAAUGAUGAAAGGAGAUUGGUGACAGACCCAUUGGGGGAUGUGAUGAGUUUUAUCAACAGCUACACAUCCCGUUUCUCCCCACACCCAGUGUUCUACCAGGGAACAUAUGCACAGGCUCUCAAUGAUGCCAAGAAUGAGCUCAGGUUCCUUGUUGUAUACCUGCAUUCAGAAUCAGCCACUGAGACACAGAACUUUUGCAGAACCACAUUAGCAGAUCCAGAAGUGAUCCAAUACAUAAACACACAUGCCCUCUUCUGGGGUUGUUCCAUCGACUCGUCAGAGGGUUGGAGAGUUGCACAAUCAGUAGGAGGUCGCAGAUACCCUCUAUUGUGUGUAGUGUGUGUGCGAGACCACCGCAUGACUGUGGUUGCCAGAAACGAAGGCACCUGUGCACCGCAGCAGUUGCUGCAAAGGCUGCAGAGAAUUGUAGAGGAGAAUGAACCACACCUUACUGCAGCUAGGGCGGACAGGGUGGAACGCGAGGUGACGGCGCGGUUGCGCGCAGCACAGGACGAAGCAUAUGAGGAGUCGCUCAAGGCCGACCAGGAGAAGGAGCGUCGGCGAGCGGCCGACCGCGCCGCGCGCGACCAGGUGCAGCGAGACCAUCUGCACCGACAGAUGCUAGAGGAGCAACACCGGCAAGAGGUAAUAGAGGCGCGAGCAGCGAUGGCGGCCAAGUUGCCAAGCGAACCUCUCGCUGGCAAGGACGCGGUGGCGCUGCUCAUCCGCCUGCCCGGCGGGGAGCGCCUCACUCGCCGCUUCCUGCUCGCCAACACCACACAGGAUCUAUACGAUUUCGUAUUCAGCCACCCGCAGUCGCCGGAGGAGUUUGAGAUCACGACCAAUUUUCCAAAACGUGUUAUAGUUCGGGGGACUUCAAAUUUGCAAGACGCCGGUCUCAAAGACCGCGAUGUGUUGUUCGUAAACGAUGUGAACGCGUAAUAUGUUUUAUAAUAAUUUAGAUUUUAAAAAAUGUCGCUGGUUCAUGAUCCGCCGAAAAGUAAAGAGUAAAAUUAAUGCAAUAAUAAAUAAAAACUACAGACAAUAGAGUAUAUUUAUUACAGUUUUUUUAUUAUUUCAAUCACAUUGAAAUGUUAGUUUUAGUUUGUUAAAAAAAUUGACAUGAAUUCUGCGUGAUAAUUAAAAUUUAUCUUAAGUAACUUAUAACCGAUUCUAAACUAAAUUAAAUGAACAAGUGUUAACCUAGGGUAUCCUUUUCUACAGAUAAUUUAUAAAAAGGAUAGCAAUAGAGAUUAAGUACAACAGAAUUGGCCACAAUAUCUACACAGUGAAAUGUCUAUGUUUGAUUUUGAUCCUUUUAUUAAACACAACUGCAAAAUAAAUGAUAUUAAAUACAACAUUUUAUGGGUGAAAAUAGGAAACAAAAUUGCAAAAUGAGCUUAUUUUCAACUGGCUUUACUCUCUGUAAUAUGAAAUUGUUAAUAUUUUAAAUGAAAGCAUAAGAAAGAGCGUGCAGUGAGAACAUCUAGCUAUCUCCUUCGCACACCAGCACCCAAAUGGCGGUGACCCUAUGGGGAUUCCAUUUCUGUCACUUGAUUUAACUAGUAGGUUCACCCACCACUAUGAGCUCGAUUGCGGUAGAAUGAAAGCUACAAUGUCACCAUCGCAAACAUCUCUGAUUGGUUGACGCUUAGUCACUAUUGGCUACAAGAAUAGCAUUUUAGCCAAUAACAACAAUUAGGAUUGUAAUAAUGAUUGAUGCAUGUUUUACGGAAAUGAACUACAGUUUAAAAGACUUCUAGCUUAGUUGUGCUAAGCUAGAAGCUAAGAAGCUAAACUGACGCUUGUUUUUGAGCGGUAUUCUUUUACAAUAUUGUAGAUAAUCAUAACAUUUUGAAACAAAAAAACUGGGUUUCAACCCUCUUAAAGAGUCUCACAAACCUUGAGAAUAACGAACAAUGUACACCUUAGUGCGUCUUUGCAGCGGUUAUGUUCAAACGCGAUAGUUUUUGGUAUGUUUAAAAAAAAUUAUGUUUAAGGAAUAUUGUGAUACAAAAAAUACUUACUUUCGGCGAAUUAUUAAUUAGCACAGACGAAAUUCACUUCACCUACUUCCAUCGUUGAAAGAUGAUGAUUUUACGGGAAUCAAUCGGCAAUUGUAUAUUUUAAUAAAAUAAAAAUUCCAAUUUUUACAUGAUCUCCCAUAUAUGUUAGUGGAUGUAUAAAAAAAGAGAGCUUAAGAAAAUUUAUUACAGCCCAUAUUAAUAAAUACAAAAAAUAUUAAUCAUAUUUUUUUUAUAACUUUAUUAUUUAUCUCGACGCCACUUGCAUUUUGAUCGACUUUAAUAGUUGCUGGUUGCUCAAUCUCCGUUUUGAAACUGCAAUAUUUUGCAAGACGUUUUUUGACACAUAAUAACUGCUAUUCAUACAAAUUUUUCGUGUCACUAAGAGCUCGUUCACACGUAGCGCGUACCAUUGCGUUGUAACGUAUGGAACUGUAUGAAACAUGGCAUACUACGUACGUGUCACGUGUAGGUACGGGCUGCAUACGCAAUUGGUGUGAAACUGCCAUUAAUGUAAAAUUUUCUUUGUAAUUUAUUAAUGUGGUCUUGGAACUAUAUUACGUAUUAUUCGCGGAAAACAUGCCAUACAUGGCACAUCAAUAAUACUACUUUUUUUCUAGGGACUAUUUUGUUGUAUGUUUGCGAUUGUAUUGAUCUAUGUACUGAGACAGGCUGUGAGUCUGUUUUCACACGGCAAAAACACCGCCCAUUUUUUUUGGAAGGAAAUCUUACCGAAUACGAAGUACCGUAUACACUGAGUAAAGAACCGUUUACACGGUUAAAAAUGUGUACAGGAUAAACAACGUGUGAACGGUUCUAUACUCGGUGUACGCGCCACUACGUAUUCAGUAAGAUUAACCCUACAAAUAACUUGCGGUGUGAAAUCAAACUUGGACGUUACAAUGUUGUGUGUUCCAACGUAGUUUGGCGCGAUGAUCGACAUAUCGCAACGAUACUAGUAUGAACAUUAUCAAUCAUACAAAAAAACGUAAAACUCCGAUCGAAUUGUGUUGCGUCAAAGUACUGCCUAUGGUCGCGUUAUAACAUAGUAUGGGACUUGAUAUAGCAAGCAUUUCGAGUCCCGGAACACGGGGAAGAAAAAAUGUAUCUGAGAGCUUUAAAGUACGAAAUACAAGUCCCGUCCAUGCGUCCGGGGUGCUUACUAUAUUAAGUCCCUAAUGUUCUGCGGCAAUUGGACUAAAUGGGGCCUGUAAAUUUUCUUACGGAAAGAUACUUUAUUACCUGUCUAGAUAAAAUGAGACUAGAUCGAAAAACAACAAAACGUUACAAAAAUUAGUUGCAAGGCUACCUUCUAUUACGAAACUCCAUCCUUGUUCUGAAUGUUAGAUUUAAGUAUCUAUCAUAAUAAUUGUACAUUAAUGGAAAUUCAUACAUGAAAUAAAAUGAAAAUAUUAGACUAGUGUGGAAUUUUAGCAAAAGUAUUAUUUUAUAUCAAUAUCUCAAUGCAAAAUUUGAUGAAAUGUACCAGUUUUUGUCUAAUGUCACAAUUAAAUGUGCAGACCAAAUCUGUUGUGGUGUCGGACGCUAUCGUACAUACUAGACACUAAUUUUUCGUAUACCUACUUCUGGCGCACAGACUGUUCACACGUUCUUUUGCAGGAUAUAUUUUAUCCAACACAGUGACGCAUAUAUAGAUUAUAGAACCGUUUAUACGGUUUAAACCGCAUACUACGUCUGAUGUAGUAUGUGAGUAUAAACAACAACGUGUGAAUAGUUCUAUACUCAAUGUUUGCAUCACUACGUAUUCGGUAAGAAAUGUGCAGUGCAAAUGCCGUGUAAACGGAGAUGAACGGACUGACGCUGAGAUCUAUAGAGGGCACUUUGACUAUGCUCAGACUUAAGACACUGUUAAAACGAGACAGAGCUAUACCGCUGGCGUAAAUAUAUCUCGUUUUAACUAAAACUUAAGUGUAAGCAAAGUCAAAGUGCGUUCUAUAGAUUUUAACCUGACUCUCGACGCGCUUUGAUUGAUCAAGUGUCAUGCUGUAGUGCGUUACGAAACCGCAACUUAGUAAUUUUUAGUCUGCAACUUAAAAUACUGCGGCAGACUAUCUAGACAGGGUUGUUUAAGCUAUGAAUGUAGUUAAUGUUAGUUUGUUGGAUGUGGUACCUACGUAAGAAAGUAAUUUUAUUUGAGUUUUUAGUUAUGUUAUAGACCUACUAGUAGCUCUUUAUCCAAUAGAUGUAACAAUAGGUAGAUUUAAACAAAAUAUUUUUCUUUUGGUUUCAAAAGUUACUUCAGAUAGGAAAGAAAUCGUUUAAUUUUGUGUUGUAUCUAAGGGUGGGUCCAGACUAUAUAACAUGUUAUAAAAUAUGAGUUUAGUAGAGUGGACACUGUUAUAUAAACAAGGUGGUCGUGUUGCAACAAGUUUCAUAACAUGUAAAUAACGUGGACUCUCCUCUUAAUAUAAAAUAAUGGGAAGGCUACGUCUGUAUUGUAAUUUGUAUGGUACUAGAACUAGAUUCAUAAAAAUAAAAAUGUGGCUAGCCUGGAAAGUGCGCAAUUACGGCUAUUUUUUUGUCCCUUUAAAUGUUCUAUUUAUACCCUUCUUUUUGGUAUAUUGUUAUAUGGAUUUUUUUUUAUUAUACUAAAAUUAACAUUUAAUUAAAAAAAAACGAACUGGACCGUAAUUUACAUAAUUUAUUAUCUUGUAUUGAAUAUCAAAAACAUUUUACAAAAUUAAUUUGUAAAGUUGCAUUCACGAAUUUGGAUUUCUAUUUGCUGCUGAUUGGUAAAAUACCCAAGAUCGUUUUAUUUACUGUGCAUUUCCUUUAAGUUGGGUUAUGUCACUUUUGUUGUAAAUGAGCAAAUUGUUUUUUAAUGUUAGUUUUUGCAUAGAUAUUAUAUAAUAUUAUUUAUAUAGUACGCUAGAUAUGCGAUUGACGUUGUGUUCUUGAAGCAACUUGAUUAAUGAUCACCAUUUUGGAGUGAUAGCAGCAGUGAGCGUAAUGUAAGCGUAUUCGGAACUAUACGUUAGUGAUGUUACAUCUGGCAAAACGAGUAGGUUCCAAUUGACAAAAAGUUCGAUAUUGAUUCUAGGAACGCUGGAAUCACCACAGAAAAAGCUGUUAUUUUGCAUGGCACACUGUAGUUAUCGUACUAUGUAAAUAAUAUUAAUAUUAGGUAUAUCUAUGGUUUUAUAGCAUUUUCUAUCACAAAUAUGUACCUUUUUUUUCUUAUUAUGGUAUGGCUCUACUAUCAGGAUUCGAAAAUGAUUCGAGUUCGGACAGGAUUUAUGAAACAGAUUUUUUGCCGAACGUUUACGAUAGACGGCAAAGAUACAAUUCGCGAUAGCACGAAUCAUUUGCCGAAUUUCGAUAGUGGGACCGAACCAGCGAAUGAAAUCUAUAAUAUUUUAAUAUAGUAAAAAAUGCUAAUUUUACCAUUAUUAAAUGCUUUCCUUCAAUAAUAGUUUAUACCUACCUAUCUCAAGAUUUUGCAUAAGUUAACGUUUGGAGAACCUGAAAGCGCGAUGAAAACUACUCUGUAGGACGUCAAAUAAUCGCGCCCGUACCAAUCCAAUAGACUUUUUUCGUCGCACGUUUUGUGUGUCCAAACCUUUAAAUAUAAUUUUUACACGCACUCAAAUGGCAACCUUCUCUGCAUUUUUCUUUGCUUUCGCUUGAAACUGUUAAGCUUUUUUUUUGUGAUAUUAUGUGGUUGUAUAGUUCAGUGGUACCAAAGGUGCUAAAGGAUGUGGACAGCAAGCAUUUACUUUGACGGAUUUUGUAAUAUAUUGUUUUUGUUGUAAUAUAACUGAUGUUCCAUAUGA